CUAGGCAUGCAGACUGCUUCUACAAACAUUUGUGAAAGAAUGGGUCGCUCUCAGGAGCUCAGUGAAUUCAAGCGUGGUACCGAGAUAGGUUGCCACUUGUGUAAUAAGUCCAUCCGUGACAUUUCCUUGCUACUAAAUAUUCCACAGCCAACUGUUAGUGGUAUUAUAACAAAAUGAAUGCAACUGGGAACAACAGCAGCUUGCCACGCCACCACUGGACCCUAGAGCAGUGGAGACAUGUUCUCUGGAGUGGUGAAUCACACUUCUCUGUCUGGCAAUCUGAUGGACGUGUCUGGUUGGUGGUUGCCAGGAGAAUGGUACUUGCCUGCCUGCAUUGUGCCAAGUGU